AUGAUACCAUUUGGAAAUUUACUUCUUUAUGUUAUUUUAUUUGCAGUAAUAUGUAUAAUUGCGUUUUCUGUAGUACUACUUAUAACAACAAAACCAUAUCCAGAAAUAUGGAGAGAUGAAAAAGAAAAAUAUUUUUUAAAUCCCAAGACGAAUAGUAUAGUAGCUUUUCCAUCUUUAUAUGAUGGAUGGAGUGUACAUUUGAGUGUUAUAAUACCAGCAUAUAAUGAAGAGAAAAGAUUGCCCCUAAUGUUAGAUGAAUGUUUGAAAUAUUUGGAAAAUCGUUUAAGAAAUGGAUGUACUUAUGAAGUGAUUAUAGUUAGUGAUGGAAGUUCCGAUAAAACUGUGGAUAUCGCACAUGAAUAUGCAUCAAAAUAUGAAAACAUUAGAGUAUUAGAUCUUAUUAAAAAUAGAGGGAAAGGUGGAGCAGUCAGACUGGGUAUGUUAAAUGCAAGAGGAAGCGUAAUAUUAUUUGCAGAUGCAGAUGGUGCUACCAAAUUUAGAGAUUUGGAAAAGUUAGAUAAUAGCUUGGAAAGUAUUUUAGGAUUUGAUUAUGUAAAGAAACCAAAUGAAGUCAGUUUUUCUCAUGCAAUAGUAUGUGGAUCUAGGGCUCAUUUAGAAAAAGAAGAAACUGCCAAAAGAACGUUUUUUCGACUAUUAUUAAUGCAUGGAUUUCAUUUCUUAGUAUGGUUUUGGGGAGUAAGAGGUAUUAGAGAUACACAAUGUGGAUUUAAACUUAUAACACGCGAAUCUGCAAGAGCUGUAUUUCAAGCUUUACAUGUUGAACGUUGGGCAUUUGAUGUAGAAAUGUUAUAUAUUGCAAGAGUUUUAAACAUUCCUAUCACUGAGAUUCCUGUGAAUUGGACAGAAGUUGAAGGAUCUAAAAUUGUACCCUUUUGGAGUUGGUUACAGAUGGGUAAAGAUUUAUUUUUUAUUUGGUACAAAUAUAGAAUUGGUGCAUGGAAAAUAAAACGAUCUAAAUAA